UAAAACACGACAGAAUGUAAUGUUGGGUUUUAUCCUCUUAAUGUAAAAUAAGACUUACCUUCUGUUUGCAUUCUCUGGUUUAAUUUGAAAGAAGACAGAGACAAUAUUAAAAUAUAAUGAGGGCAAUUAAUUUUGUGGUUCACAGUGGCUCAGAUUUAGAAGGGAAAAAACCCACCUUAAUCAGCACAGUACUUAAGGGCUCCCUGUAAGAAGGUUGUGCUUAACCUUCAGUAAACGCUUAUGGGCUGCCCUGAAUAGUAAUGGAUUUAAGCACAUGCUUAAGUGUUUUCCUGAAGGAAGACCUAAGCAUCUUCUCAAGUGUUAGAUUAGAGCUUCAUUUACCUUAUUCAUAAAUCCCAGCAUCAGAGGCAAACUUUUCUUUCAUCUCUUGGCCAAUAUCUGGGUGUAUAGAUUUUUCCACCUCCGUUUGCCCUGCUUUCUGUGGCUCUCUUGCUGCAAUCUGAUCAGCCCAGGCUGACCUUCAGGGGUGCUACACAUGGUUCGAGAGCCUGCCCGCAUGGCUCCGAUUGCACGAUCAAAGUCCGUACCUUGCCUUUCAUCUGCCGGCUCUCUGCCCUUCCCAGGGUUAUUAAUUUGAAGAACUCAAAGGCGCAACCCCUUUCUGCUGCGCCUGUUCCUCGGGAAGUAGGAAUGGGAAUUGCUGGGCUGUCCAACGGCUUGGCUGUGGUCAGUUUUCCAUGGUGGGAGAUGGGAUUAAAGCGGGUUAAAUCUGUACCAGCUGGUUCUUGGUUGGCUGUCGGAAAUGCAGUGAAAAAAACCCAAAAAACAGGAGAGGGAAAAAAAACCCACACCAACCCUACAAAAAAUAUGGGGGGAGGGGAAAGAAGGAAAGAAAAAAGGAUGGGGGGAAGGACGAAACAAGAAGAAAGAGGGGAAAACAAAAUAAAGAAGGCGGAAAACGGGAAGAAAAAGGGGGAAAGAAAAGAGUAAAUAGAGGUGUAAAGGGAUAAAAAAACUAAAUAAGAACAAAGAAACAAAAUUAAAAUGGGGGAAGUAAAACAAAAAAUGGAAAAAAGAAAAGAGAAAAAAGGGCAAGAAGGGAAAAGGAGAAAAGAGGAGAAAAAAUAUCACGGGGGAAAGGGAGAAAAGAGAGAAGAAAGAAGAGAAAGAAAAAGGAAGGAAAAAAAGGGGGAGGGAAGGGAAAGGAAAAAAAAAAAAAAAAAGGGGGAGAAAACCCCCCAGCCGAGCCCGUCGCCCCCCAGGGCCGCAGCCCCGGCCGGGCCGCCCCGAGGCCUCCGCGGGGGCCCGGCCUUGCGCGGGGCCCGGCGCGCGCCUCUUGCGUAAGCGGCGGCCCCGCCGCCCUGCCGGUGGUGCCGUUGCCAUGGCGAGAUAGCGGGGGAGGAUUCCUGGGAUCCUUGUCAGCAUUUUAAUCGUAAGAUGUGCACAUAAACACACCCUGAGAAUCUCUAAGCAGCGAGACCAAGUACCCAGCCCUAUGCUGAUACCGAGCCUAGAUCAAAUAAUUGACAGAUGUCUUUUACAUGAAUGGAAGGAAUGACGGGAGAAGGCAUCAGUGUCUGCUUGGACAAAAUUGAAGAAGCACAAAAGCAACUUAAUGGAACAGAAGACCAACAGAGAGAAAUCACCGAUGCUGGUACUAGAGGAACCCAAGAUACAAUUAAGGGUGUGAAAAGAAAAAAGAUUGUGUCUGAAAACCAUCUUAAAAAAAUACCAAAAUCGCCUUUGAGAAGCCCUGCUGAAGCCAAGGUUAAGCAAAAUAUAGACCCUUCACCACUAAAAGCUCUUCCGGAUGUCUCCGAACAUGCCACGGCACAGGAUCACCUGCCCGUGCAAAAUGGAAAUCAAUGUACCAAACAAAAUGGGGGAGCACUUAGCGGUGAGAUAAGAGUUGAAACAACCAAAUCUGAGACAUCAAAGCAGACAAAGCUUUCACUGACGCAUCAGUCCUUAGAUUUGUGUAAACAGGCAGCGGGGGAUACUGAUGCAAACCAACUGAACUCAGCAGAGAGGAAGCCUCCCUCAAACUCCUCAUCAAGUAAUACAAAGACUGACAGUAAUGAAUGUAUUAAUUUUGUUGAUUGCAGUACAUCAUCCCCAUGUACGCGUACUGCAUUCGAUGUCUUACUAAAAGCUAUGGAGCCUGAACUGAACACCUUAGCACAAGAGUGCCCCCCUUAUGGAAUGCAAAUAGAGAAACUGAGACCAAAUAAAACUGUAAGCACCUCUUCUAGUCUCACGUCCAAUACAAUAAGUGUCCAAAAUCAAUCUGCUUUGUCACAGCAGGAGUUUGCAGCUGGAUCUCCCUAUUACCCAUGUACAUUGAACAAUGUGCAUGUAGCAACAACAGCCAAGACUGGACAAGCACAAGGCCAAUCAGUUUCUCAUUCACAAGACCUUAUUACUAAAACCAGUCAGCAAAAUCACCAGGUUGUUAUGUGUCCAAGUUUGACUAGGUCGUUGGUGCAACAGCAGAAUCAAGAAAACCCCAAGCUCCAGCAGAUCUACAGCAUAGCAGUAACUUCAUCUGUCGUUCACACCUCAUCUUCCACUGUAACUCAGGUUUUUUCUCAAAACCCCUUAGUAGCUAGUUCGUCUUCACCAUUGUCAAUUAACACAUCAAGUUCAACACACUUGUCUAUAGGUCCUGUGUAUAAUUCAGCCCAGAUAGCAUCAGUUGUAAACCAUGGUGUAGAACAAAUAUGUAACCUCUUGAAAGACCAGAAGCCUAAAAAGCUAGGGAAAUACGUCUGUGAGUAUUGCAAUCGAGCCUGUGCCAAGCCCAGCGUUCUCCAAAAGCACAUCCGAUCCCAUACUGGAGAGCGACCAUAUCCCUGUGUGACGUGUGGGUUUUCAUUUAAAACCAAAAGCAAUCUCUACAAGCACAAAAAAUCUCAUGCACAUGCUAUCAAACUUGGACUAGUCCUGCAACCAGAUUCAGGUGGCCUCUUCUUAUCUCAUGACUCAGACAAAGCACUUAGUAUUCAUUCAGAUGUGGAAGAAAGUGGUGAAAGUGAAGAUGAAGGCACUGCAGAUGAAAGACAAGAUGAUCAAGAACUGGAACCUGCACAAUUAGUGAAAGUCAUUUCAAGUACAGAAACACUGCAGAAAGGAAGCCCUAUUCCAUUAAGCAACCCAGACCAUAUAUCAGGUGACUCUUCAUUACAUGAUGCAGAACCUCAAGUAAGGGCAACUUUACCAAAAGUAGUAGUUCAUUCUGUAAAUGUUUCUCCAUUGAGGGCUGAUAGCCCAAAAGUGACAGAGCCAGCACCUGAGCUUGCUGCAGCACAGAGAAAAGGAGAUUCUAAAGUCACAACUCUUCAAUCAAAUUUAACACAUACAGCCUCAUUCAAGGAGAAUGACAUAAAGCAGCAUCAGAAAGUGGAAGCAGGCCUGUUAGAGGAACAGCCAGGAUCUACUGGAGGACCAGUGCAUGCUCAACUCCAGAGACAACAGGCAACUGACGGUUCUCAAGAUCAGCAAGGAAAAUGUCUUUUGAGCCCUAGAAGUUUAGGUAGUACUGAUUCCGGUUAUUUCUCUCGUUCUGAAAGUGCCGAUCAAACAAUGAGCCCUCCAGCUCCUUUUGUAAGGGGAUUGUUGACCUCUGAGAAAGAUCCAAAUAAAAAUCUGCCCUGUGUGCCACGAGCAAGUAGCAUGGUAGCAUCAGUGGUGCAAACUGUUUGUGCAGAAAAAAAUCUGAUUUUCUCUGGCCAAAUGCGACCUCCCUUGGCAACAAAAACUCUUGAGGAGCGUAUCUCAAAGUUAAUUUCUGAUAAUGAAGCUGUUGUGGAUGACAAACAGUUAGAUAGUGUGAAACCAAGAAGAACAUCUCUUUCAAGAAGAGGAAGCAUAGAUUCACCAAAAUCUUACAUAUUUAAGGAUUCUUUCCAGUUUGAUUUAAAGCCCAUGGGAAGAAGAACUAGCUCGAGCUCUGAUAUACCAAAGUCUCCUUUCACACCCACUGAGAAAUCCAAGCAAGUUUUCCUUCUUUCUGUACCAUCCCUUGACUGUUUACCUAUAACACGAAGUAAUUCCAUGCCUACCACCAGUUACUCAGCAGUACCUCCUAAUGUUAUACCUCCCUCUCAUCCUCUUCGAGGAAGCCAGUCAUUUGAUGAUAAAAUUGGCUCUUUAUACGAUGACGUUUUUGUGUCGGGACCUGCUACUCCACUGAACCAAGGUGGACAUCCUCGGACCCUGGUUAGACAGGCAGCAAUAGAAGAUUCUUCUACUGGUGAAAGCCAAGGUCUUGGACCAGUGCGAUCUGUAGAAGAAAAUUAUCUGGGUUGUAAUUUAUCAAAUGAAUCCUUAUUGCAAAGGAGCAAAUCCCUGGCACAGGGAUCAAAUUUAGAAAAAACAAAGAAGUCCCCUCAGGUGCGAGGAACAAUGUUUGAAUGUGAAACCUGCAGGAAUAGAUACAGAAAACUGGAAAAUUUUGAAAACCACAAAAAAUUUUAUUGUUCAGAGCUGCAUGGACCUAAAACUAAAGCAGCAAUCCGAGAGCCUGAGCACAAAACUGCUCCAAACAGUACACAGCCUCAAAUUCUACACUACAGAGUCACAACUUCAACUGGUGUCUGGGAGCAGACACCCCAGAUAAGGAAAAGAAGGAAAAUGAAAAGUGUUGGUGAUGAUGACGACCCACAGCAAAAUGAUACAACUGUACCAUCAAAGAACACAGAAGCCCAAAGCAAGCCAGCAAAUUCUUCCAGUCUGUCAAAACACAGUGCCACAACCAUGGUAGGAUUACAACAACCAAGCAAACUGCUACUUCAGAAUUCCCAAAUUCAGCUUGUGGCUCGCGGCACAGAUCAGACUACUGAGCCAAAGAUGGCUCCACUCAUUGAAAAGCAGGCAAGUUCAGCUGUGCAAGAAAAGGUGGAGUUGAAAAGACAAGGGACUGGCAUUUCAGUAAUACAGCACACAAAUUCACUGAGCAGAAAUAGCUCAUUUGAGAAAUCAGAGUCAUUUGAAAGAGUAUCACCAGUUUCUUCUCAAGAGCCCAACAAGGGUGCAAAGCACCGCUCUUUGAAUACAGUUGUAAUCCAAGAAGACAGACACUCUCAUCUGAGCACUCCCCAGCGUCACCAACCCUUGUCAUCAGAACCGCCCAGAGGGGAAGUUCAGGGAAGCCAAUUAGUUUCUAAUGAGAGAAGUGCGCCGCUUCAGCCAUCAAGACUCGUUCGCCAGCAUAACAUCCAGGUUCCUGAAAUACUGGUCACAGAAGAACCAGACAGAGAGCAAGAAAACCAAUGCAGUGACCCAGAAAAGACAGAAAGGUUUAACUGGCCACAACGCAGUGAAACACUGUCAAAAUUGCCAACAGAAAAGCUUCCACCAAAGAAGAAGAGAAUUCGGUUGGCUGAAAUGGAACAUUCAUCUGCUGAAUCCAGCAUUGACUCCACACUUUCCAGAAGCCUAAGUCGGGAGAGUAGUUUGUCUCAUGCCUCCAGUUUCUCAACUUCACUUGAUAAAGAUGAAACUUUAAAGGCUGAGAACCCUUCCAAAGCAGAGCCUGUUAGUAAGUCUUCAGAAUUCCUCAUGAUUCCUGCUGGCUCACAUGCACUGGCAGUGCUUGGACCUCAUUACCGGGAAAUGAGACGUGCUGCCUCAGAGCAAAUCAGCUGCACGCAGCCCUCAAUGGAGGUUGUGGACUACAGGAGUAAGUCUUUCGACUGCGGAAGCAUGUCUCCAUCAAAACCUGUCUCACUUGUAGAGGUUGCUACUCCGAAAGUGUCAUCUGCAAAUGGAGCUGCUGGACAUGUGCCUUUACUAGAAAGGAGGAGGGGGCCAUUUGUAAGACAAAUAUCUUUAAAUAUUGCUCCCGAAAAUCAACAGCCUCAAGUGAAAUCGACUUCUUCAUUGCAGGCAGCUCAUGCCACAGAUGUGCCCACAGUGCCACUGCACAGGCUGCAGACCUCUGGCAAACCCUCGGUGGAGUUUCCUUCAAGUACUCAGCAUUCACAGACUAACUCCAGACCUCAUUCAACAAUUCAAAAUUGUAAUCCUGUUAGCCUGUCUUCGCCUCAGCAGCCUCUAGAUCACAUGUUGAAUAAUCAAGGCCAGCCAUGCUUGACUCAUCAGCCUUCUCAGCCAUCUACUAAAACAUCAGCCCAAGGGGAGCAAGCAAGCACAAACUCACUUUCUUGUCAUCCUGAUGAAAAAAAGGACUGUUUUGCUCCAAAGUAUCAACUUCAAGUUAAAACAUUACAUAUAGGUCAACCAUACUCUUCUAAAUUGCUAAAAAAUACUUUAUUAACUCAGACUGGUCCGAGUCAGGUUGGGGUGGACCAGAAUGGUACUUCCUUUGAAGUGCAGACAAAACUCUCUGAUAUGUCUAAUCCAUACUCUGUGCCUCCUCUAAAGCAAAUUGUUCCUAGUAACUGCAGCAGUCAGAUACAUCAGAUUCCUCCUUUUGUGGUUCCCGUCCGUAUUCAGAGCAGUAUGCCAUCCUAUGGCUUCGCAACUGUUACACCCCUGCCUCACAUUUUAGUGACCCAAGAUCAGGGAAAUCAGUCCAUCUGCAAAACAAAUGUUGUGAUGGUGCCAACGCUUGAAGGCAAAACUCAGCUGCCAAAAUCUCACAAAGAUCAUCAGAGGACUUUGCCAAAUUCAUUUGAAUUCGAAAAUUCACCACUGGAAAGUGGAACCAGAAAUUCACCUUUGUCAAGCUCUUCGAAUAUCAUUCAGAAAGUGCCAGUUAGCGGACUCUUCCCUCAACCAGAAGUUGCAGCUUCAAGUAAACGAAUGCUUUCCCCAGCAAACAGUUUAGAUAUUGCCAUGGAAAAACAGCAAAAACGUGUUAAAGAUGAGAGUGGAGCUGCUUGUAUGACAGAUGCUAGACCAUUGCAUUCACUGAACAUUAGAUCUAAUGACCCUACUAGUAAGCAAAAGAAACCAGUUUUAGUAAGACAGGUUUGCACCACAGAGCCUCUUGAAAAUCACCUCUUGGAUCCUGAUGUUGUUACACAGCAUGAAAAAAGCACCAAGGCCAGUCCUUCAGACCUGCCUGACCAUCAAUCAUCUGACACUGGGGUUUCAGAAACCCUAAAGAAGUCACCAGAAUCCGAAGACCUUAAGUCUUCCACAUCACCGGUAUUUGUAGUUAGGAAACCUUCUGAAUUGUCUCCAGUGAAUAGCCAGAGUUCUCUUCUCAAGGCUGUAAGUAGCAGCCAAGAAAGGUCCCUGAUUAACAGUGAUGAGAGCACCCACAUCAGCAGCCCGGGCCAAGCAAAGCCUGUAGCGACACUGGCUGUGAUGAAUGCAGGAGAAAUGCAGAGGUUGUCAUUUCCAAGCCUCAAGACCACAACAAAUUUUACCUGGUGUUAUCUCAUGAAGAGAAAACCAUUGCAUCUGCUGCAAAAUGAUCAAAAAAUCUCUGCCUAUUCUACAUGGACCAUUAGUCCCAACAACCCAAAUCCACUCGGUUUGUCAACAAAGGUAGCUCUCUCCCUCCUCAAUUCCAAACAAAAAGUUGAAAAACCACUGUACACUCUAGCAAGAACUACGCACCCCAGAUCUGAUGUAUUGGUCUAUUCAAGCAAGUGGAAGAACAGCUUGACCAAGAGAGCAUUAAAUAGGAAAAAAUUGACUCCAACUGAAUUCAGCAAUAAGGAAAACUCUGAAUCAAGCACUGAGCAUGAUAAAGAAAACUCAUUUAUCAAAACUGUACCAAGAAGAGUUAAAAUAUUUGAUGGAGGGUACAAGUCAAAUGAAGACUAUGUGUAUGUGAGAGGGAGAGGGAGAGGGAAGUAUAUCUGUGAGGAAUGUGGAAUACGUUGCAAGAAACCCAGCAUGCUGAAGAAGCACAUUCGCACACACACUGAUGUCCGUCCUUACCACUGCAAUUACUGCAACUUUUCCUUCAAAACUAAAGGAAAUUUAACAAAGCAUAUGAAGUCAAAGGCACAUAGCAAGAAGUGCAUGGAUUUGGGAGUCUCAGUAGGCUUAAUAGAUGACCAAGAUGGAGAAGAAGAAUUUGGUGAGAAGCAAAGAUUUGGCUAUGACCGGUCAGGAUAUGACGUGGAGGAGUCUGAUGGUGGUGAUGAAGAUGAAAAUGACAAUGAGGACGAUGAUGAAGACAGCCAGGCUGAGUCAGUGCUAUCCACCACACCCUCAGUGACGGCCAGCCCCCAGCACCACCCCUCUCGCCAUGGCCUGCAGGAUGCCGCCAGCACCGACGACGACAUCAGGCUUCCAGACUGCUUCACUGGGGCGCACACGGACUCGAUGGAUGGUCUCCCAAAAGCGCUGCUGACCAAGAUGACUGUCCUUAGCACUGUGCAGUCAGUCAGCAGGACCUCCAGGUCGCCAGCAGAGUCCGCCCAUCAGGAAACACACGAGGACAAAACCCAGGAGAGAGGAGUGGGUCCCUGUGGUGCUGAUGUGGCGCUGACGGACAUUGCUCCUGUAUCUCCAGGUCGCCAGAUGUCUGUGGAUUACCCUGAUCCAGACACAACCUUGGGCCACUCCUUAAUAUCAACUGCAGCUCUUACAAAGAGCACGCCCUCCAUCAGCUCCCCGUCCUCGCUGGCAGACCACAGCAUGCCGAUGACAGCGCCGUCACCCUACACUGAAAUCCCAGAGGAGAAGCCAGCUGCCGAGCCGAGAGCUCCCCAGACUCACCUCUUCAGCCACCUGCCCCUGCACUCGCAGCAGCAAGCCAAGGCUCCCUAUGGCAUGGUGCCGGUCGGGGGCAUCCAGGUGGUCCCUGCAGGCCUGGCCACCUACUCCACCUUUGUUCCUAUCCAGGCGGGGCCAGUGCAGCUCACUAUCCCAGCUGUGAGCGUGAUUCACAGAACUACCAGUGCCCUUGGCGAGACAGGCGGCACAGCCACCGGCACCACCACGAAUCCCGUGGGAGUCGCUGAGGUGAACAGCGUGGUGCCAUGCAUUCCCAUCGGCCAGGUGAGCAUGCCGGGCAUUCAGGGGCUCGGCACGCCCAGCCUGCAGCCUCUGCCGCCGCUGGGCAUGGAGACAGUGAACAUCCUGGGCCUGGCAAACACCAACAUCGCCCCGCAGAUGCGCCCUCCGGGAAUUACCCUCAACGCCGUGGGCCUCCAGGUGCUGACGGCUGGCACGGCCCCGCAGGGCACCCCCAGCCCUCAGGGACACCUUCCCAGCCUGCAGAUCCUGAACAUCGCCCUGCCGACCCUCAUCCCCUCCGUCAGCCCCGCCAGCGCUGAGGGGCACGGAGCCUCUGAGGCACCCACCGCAGGCUCCAAAGCCGGCGAGGUCCAGCUGGAGCCAGCUCCUGUUGGCUUCCCCACGGCCGAGGCUGGCCAGGCCAGGCGGGAUGCUUCUCCUCAGGUGGUGUCUGGCGGCCAGCGGUACAGCGGGAAGAGCCAUCCCGAGCCCACCCCGGUGACCAACCCCGCUGGUCCCGGGAAAGCUGAUCCUGAAAAGACUGACCUUGCGAACCCCAGCAAGCCAAAGCGUGACCUCCCUGCCCUCCAGGUGAAGAGGGCUGCCCCGGCAGAGCCCCGCUCCAAGGUGAAUCCCAACACAUUAAGCAAGUCCCCAGUCCACCGAACUGUCACCCCGGACAGACAGGUACCCAGGCCAGCUGCCCCGCCACAGCGGCAAAACACGGUGCAGUUUAGCGAUGGCAGCAGUGACGAUGAGGAUAGACUUGUAAUAGCAACCUAGUUUUUGUUUUUCAUUGUGUUUUUAUUUUUAGAGUUUUUGGGUUUUUUUUAUAAUGCAGGUUUCUUUGCAAACCUUCCUUUCCUUAAAGCACAUUUUUCUGACACAAACCCAUUACUAAUCUUCGUGCAAUCAUGAACUCUUGACCAAUAAUUGUUGUUUCUUGUCAGCUCCAGCCAUUUUUGUACAUGUUGUAUAGACAAUUGUGCCUUUUUGGAGUUUUAUGUUUAGAAACCUGUACAGAUUGUUGAAUAUAUAUAUAUAAAAUAUAUAUAUAUAAAAUAUGUAUAUUAAAACCAGGUAGUUGCUUGUGUUUAGUAAGUAAACAUCCUAUGUCAGAUAAAUAAAGGAUUAAAUUAUAUGUUGCACUGUUAAAUGUAAAUUUCUAUGGCUGUGGGACAAAGUUUCUGUGUACAGAUCUAGUAUGUAAAACUCCAUAUUUAUUGUAUCCAUAUUAGUCUUGGAAAAGGGUCUGUCCAUCUUUCUUGUGUAAGACGGUAGCUUUACACUUCAAAGAGAAAUACAGUAUCUGUGUUACAAAAUAUUACAGUAAAAUUUUGUUUACUGACUUUA